AUGUCGACUUCCGGAGCUCAGAAUCUGUCGUUCAUUUUAGAAGGAGUCAAGCAAGUCAAAUUCGAGGACAGACCCGUUCCCGAAAUCAUCGAUCGCCAUGACGUCCUCGUCAACGUGAAAUACACCGGCGUUUGUGGCAGUGAUGUCCAUUAUUGGGAGCAUGGCUCUAUUGGCCACUUCGUCUUGCGCGAGCCCAUGGUCCUCGGCCAUGAAUCGUCUGGAGUAAUCAGCAAGGUCGGACUUGGAGUGAAGACAUUGAAGGUUGGCGACAGAGUUUCUCUCGAGCCCGGUAUUCCCUGCCGACGAUGCGAACCCUGCAAGUCGGGGAAAUACAAUCUUUGCAUUGACAUGGCAUUUGCUGCCACCCCUCCUUAUGACGGAACCCUGGCCAAAUAUUACCGAUUGCCAGAAGACUUCUGCUACAAACUCCCCGAGACAAUGUCGCUCCAGGAAGGCGCUCUCGUAGAGCCAUUGGGGGUUGCUGUCCACAUUAUCAGGCAGGGCGAGGUCACUCCUGGAAGUUCUGUGAUUGUCUUCGGGGCUGGUCCUGUGGGACUCUUAUGCUGUGCCGUAGCGAAAGCGUUCGGGGCGAGCAAGAUCAUCGCAGUCGACAUCCAACAGAACAGAUUGGCAUUCGCAAAGAAGUAUAUCGCGACUUCGACUUUCAUGCCGGACAAAGGGUCGGCGGAGGAAAAUGCCAUUCGGUUGAAAGAGGAGAACGAUCUCGGACCUGGAGCGGAUGUUGUGAUUGAUGCCUCUGGCGCAGAACCCUCGGUGCAUACAGGUAUCCAUGCCCUGAGGACGGGUGGCACAUAUGUACAGGGUGGUAUGGGCAGGUCUGAAAUCACAUUCCCGAUCAUGGCAGCCUGUACUAAGGAGCUAAACAUCAAGGGAAGUUUCAGAUACGGCAGUGGAGACUACAAACUCGCCAUCGAGUUGGUCGCUACUGGUAAAGUCAACGUCAAGGAUCUGAUCACUAACGAGGUCAAAUUUGAAGAUGCUGAGACCGCUAUCAAAGACGUCAAGAUGGGCAAAGGCAUCAAAACCAUCAUCGCCGGCCAAUAA